AGCGCCACGUGCCUCUGUCGGGGUAGCGAUGACAGCCUAAAAUAAACGUCUUCCAGACACACAGACGCGCAUGCACGCGGUCGCAUGCACGCGGUCAGCUGUUGUGUCCGCGGUCAGGUGUUAAGCCCUGUGGUUCGAGGGAUAUGUUAUUAAUUUGAUGCAAUCCCCAGCAGAGAAAAGAUCCUUUAAUGAAAAUAUUCACCGUCACGUCUGAAUAUUCACACGCUGAAAGCUGGCCUCCUACAAAAUAACGUUUAAGCUGAAAACGGUUGAAAAAAACCUCAGAACAAAAUGAAGAGAGCAGGUGGAUAACUACGUAACACGAUAUUCAACAUUUAAGUAUUAGUUACAUCACAAACAGUGAUGUAUAAAAAAAAGACCUGCAACUAUAAGAAAUUGAUAAAACGCCAAUACUCUCUUAUUUGAAGACAAAUGCUUUCAACAAUUCCUGAGAACUUGAGAAGGCUACAUAGUUUGGAGUUGAUUCAAUUCUUUGCUGAUCCAUUGGAGAGUCUAUUCACUCAAGCAAGUGUUUUUUUUAUUCUCCAGUUUUUCAAAUUUAAAUUCAACUAAAUUGUGGAAAGCAGUUGUGCAUGUUUACUUUGCUGAUACACACAAUAAAUACUUAAUUUUGCAACUAAAUUAAGGUGUUCCAUCUUUAUUACCUAUCAUGACCUAUACUAUUUUGACUUGAGUCUGGUACUUUAGACCGGCCUGUGAAUAAAUACUUUAAAUGCAGGACUUUAAUUACGUCCCUUUAACCGUAACAUUCGUGCUUUUACUCUGAAGGCUCGAAACUACAACCGGAUGUAUGUGCCACACAAACCAGUCCUAUCCGGGACUUCUCGAAGAUGUGUUUGAACGCAUCACCGACGAAAAUUAUUCCCAAAACGGAAGCGUUGCAUUGCUAUCAGAGCCCCACAGCCCUUCUCUUGCUCCGCGGACCCUAACGAGCCCCUUACUUGGGGGGCUCCACAGGAGCUCCUUGGUGCUUGGCCAGCAGGCGGCCUCCUUGCGACUGGCUCAGCUGAAAGCCCAGCUAGCAGUGACGCAGAUAAACAACGCCCUCGCUGUUGGCAGCCGAGUCGCCAGCUUGGCCUCCAACUCGCCUGCUGGCUACAUAGCCACAACACCCCCCUCCCCAACUGCUGCGGCCAUCAACCUCCUUAACCUUCUGAAGAUCGCAAACACCAUGUCCCACCCCCUGUAUAACCCCUAUGCCUCUGGGAACCAAAUAACCCCCCAGGCGCAGUACGCAGAGAGGGACCCUCGGACGGUAUCUGGACUUGGACCUGGGUCCAGCUUCGGCUCCACUGGAGCUUCCUCGGGGACUUCUAGCAGCUCUGGGAGAGGACCUCCAUCACAGCAGCCUCAGCUGAUGAGCUACAGGCCUGAACAGAGUAGGACCAUGAUGGACGAGGGCAUGGAGAGGUCUAUAGACAUGCAGAUUACCAGAGCCAGAGAGGAGGUGAGGCUCCUCAGCAAAUCAGCGCAUCGGCCCCUAGACUCUCGAUACAGUAACAUUCAAAGGGAGAGUCUCUCCUCGGGCUCAGGGGUGGCUUCCUACCCAGUGUCCAAGAACUCUGCCCCUCCAGGGCAUAGCUACCCGGCAGUUGAAAGUGUCAGCAGCUCCUCGGACUGGUUGUCAAACUACAAAAGGCCCUCUGCAGAUGAACCCUCAAAAUGUUACGCACCGUCCGCCUCGUCAAACCGUGCGAGCAAUGUUGAUGGUGGGUUCAAUGCGCCCAGGGAAAGACCAUCCAUUCCGGGUUUGGGUGAUUUUGACAAACCAGCUCCCGACCCCAGAGCGCCCAGUCGACAACACAAGUACACCUCUGAGUCGGCUUCUAACAUACUUGUGCAUUUUGGACUUGAAAAAGAUGACUUGGAACAUCUCAUCUCGUACCCUGAAGACCAGAUCACCCCUGCCAACCUGCCGUUCAUCUUGCGGCAAAUUCGCAUCGAGAAGACCAAGAAAGCUUCAUCUGCGGCUCCAUCAAAACCCCGCCCCGAACCCCCACCCUACAGAAUGACCGGAAUGUGCCAGGAGGAAAUGCACCCAGCUGCUCUCCACUCGAGUAACGUGAUUGACUACGGGCACACAGGCAAAUAUACCGGAGGGGUUGGGGAAGGGAUGGGAAGGACCAGCGGCAGUGGAGAUACCAGUGGUGGGGGUAUGUCGAAGAUGGACACUUCCAAUAGCAGCGGACACGCUCGAGACCCACAGCAAAAACCAGAGUCAAAAAGCAGCCCGUUGGGUUUGUCCCGUGACCAGGCGACUUUUGUUUCCAGUUUCAGCUCUUUGCACAGUUCAGCGCCGAGUUCUGUUGCCCCGAGCAACGAUCCAACCAAACGCACGCAAACCCACGCGAUCGUCAACCCUUUCUAUCUCAAAGACGCAGACGUCAAGUCGGAAGCCUCCAAGCCCGUUCCAAUGAAAGAGCCAGAGGCGGUUCGGCAGUCGUCAAUGAAAACCCAACUGGCCCCCACUCUACACCGCUGUUCGCACCCCAGCAGACCCAGCCUGGUGCUCCUUGGCAGUAACAAUGCCAGUGACAACAAGAACCAGAGUAAAAACCCAGGACCAGGGUCAGCCGCCGCAGAGCACAUGAAAAAACCGCAGCAGAUGCAACCGGUGCCUCAGAUGCAGAUUCAGACGCAGCAGAUGCAGAAGCAGCAGAUGCAGAUGCAGCCUGUUCAGCAGCAACCAAUUCAACAGGCACGGAAUCAGCCGGUACCGCAGGCCAUGUGGCCUCAGUUCUUUCCCGCCCCGAAGCCGGUUCCGCCGGUCCUUCACGUCUCCGGCUUCGCUAACACCGUGCAUCGCCCGGCGUUCAUUCCGGCUUGUGGCCCUCCGGCCGUUGGUCAACGUGCUCCACCUCUCCCGACCCCAGGCCUGAUGCACUUGGUUCCCCCGAAAAUGGCGCCUUCCAACAGGACGCCUCAGGACACGGCUGCAGGAGCCAAGAGCCUGCCGACGUCAGCCAUGAUGCACGAUUACGCAGCAGCCACGCCCAGAGUCUUUCCACAUACUUGUUGUCUGUGUAACAGAGAUUGUCAACGUAUGCCGGAUUGGAUCUCCCACCAGAACUCCAACCUUCACCUGAGGAAAUGCAAACUCCUCCGGAUACAAUUCCCACAGUGGGAUUGUGAGAUUCCUCUCAGUGCUGCGGGUAAAGAAGCCGAGCCCUCCGCCUCUUCACAGACUUCUCAGCAUCUUCAGCAAGCCAAGCAUGGAAGCAGCUCCCGCUCCCCGAGCCCGCGGCGCCGCCAUCGCCCUGACGACCGGAGGGACAAACGCGGCCGGCGCUCACCCUCGCCGUACAGCCCCAGAUGCACUCGCAGGUCCCGCUCCCGCUCCCCGAGGUCCGACCUCGCCGCCUCGUCCCGCCAUCGCUCACCUUCCAGAAGCCCCCAGAGACGGACCUCGCCGAGGAGGAGAGAAGACCGACGGUCUUCUCCGAGGAGGAGCCGGGAUCAGCGGUCCUCUCCAAGGUGUAGCGACGGCAGGCAGUCUCCAUCGAGGAGGAGAAGCGAGAGGGAGUCUCCAUCGAGGAGGAGCGCUGAGAGACGGUCGCCUGGACAGAAGACGAGCAGGACGGACCGCUUGGUGAAGAAACUGCUGGAGACAUCAGCUGUCCAGAGUCUGUCCAAACAGUCUGACCUGGAGACGGUGGUCAAAACUCUGGCUCCGGCCUUACUGGCCGAGCUAGCCAAGAUGAAGGCAGCAUCAUCAUCAUCCUCCUCCGCUUCCGUUGGAGAAAAGCCCUCCUCGUCUUCGUCCUCCAAGCAGUCGGCCAAAAAGUCUUCAGCGGCGAUUGAAACAAGCGAGGUGAAGCUGGAGGGGGUUCAUAAUGUCUUUCACAAUGAGGUGGUGGCUGCUAUGAGGAACUUUGGGAAAACCACGUCUGUUGUCCUGAACCGGGCCACAGAGGAGGCCAUCGUGAAAUUUGAUAAAGUGGAAGACGCAAGGAAAUUGAGGAGCCUAAAGAGCCUCCAUGUGAAAGGGCAUCUAAUCACUGUUGCUGGAGAAAAGGAGACUGUUACCAAGAAGCAAAAUAAGCCUUCCCAGAAAAAACCAGCCCCGGCCAGCGCCCCCACUCCUCAAACCGCUCCCCCCUCCACAAGAAAGGCCCUCGACCCUAAACCUGCCGUUUCUACUCCUAAAUGUCCUGCAAAGACCCCAUCUUCACCUUCUGGAGCCAAAACGGCCACAACAAGCCAGAUCAAGAAAAGUGGUGUGAAAGGGACUGUCACUCCAUCAAAAACAAAGAACGUCUCAACCAAGCCAACAAAUAAAGGAAAGUUGCCUUUGAAGGGAGCUGUGACAAAGGUAGAACAACAAACACCAGCAGGACCCAAGUCCACACCUCAGAAAUCCACACCAGAAGAAGCUGAAGCCACGGUGGUCAAAAAGGAACUCGACGAAGCAAAUGUCCCCAAAGACGCCGAACCAGCGGCGAGCGAGGAGGUGGGAGUUGAGGUGAAGGAGCCCAUGGAAGUGGCCUCUAGUGCAGAGAAAGGAGAAACAACAACAACAACAACAACAACAACAACCCUGGAGGCGGCGGCAGAAAGUUCAGCAGACGAACCUGCCGCCAGUCGACCUGCGAGCAGUGAAGCCGAUCCGGGGCGGCCCGAGACCUCCGGACCGGAGUCCUCGGCGGACGGAGCGGAGAGCGGGGCGGAGCCUUCAGGCCUCACGCAGGAGGCCGCAAGAGUCUGCACUGAAGCAACCGAGGAGGCCAAGCUGCCAGCUGGAGGAGAGGAGACAACAACUACGGGAAAAGACGAUUCGUCCAAUGCAGAGUUCUUCCUCGAAGACAAAACCCCGGAGGCGGCCCCUGAGAGUCCAGCCGACCAAUCCGGCGACAGGGAAGCAGGUGAUUCAGGGCCGCCGGACACCUCGGUGGAAGCCCCCCCCCUCACCCAGCAGAGCACCGGGUCAGACCCGCAAGCCGCCGCACCAGGGCGGCAGCAGCAGGAAGCAGCCGAGCUGCCAGAUCCUGUGCAGGCAGUGGAUGCCCAAGCAGAUGCAGGAUCAGCCGCCAAGGCUUCCAGGAGCAACGCGCCACUGGCCACCGUCACUCAUGCGGUGUUCUUUUGGAAGAAGCUCGGAUGCCACUUGUACCCCAGCAAAACACCGUCGGUGCCGGACACGACCCUCUCAAGGGAAGAGUUUAUUCUGAAAGGUCACAGGCAGUUGGUCGUUGGCAACCUGCCGGAGUUCGACAGCUGCUGCUACACAGAGGAAGACCUGGCAAAUGUGCUCGUCCCAUUUGGGUUUCAAUAUGCAGAAGACAGCAUCUACGUCAUUCCUCAGUCCCGCGUGGCCGUCAUCAUCAUGCCGGCGGCUGGGGAUGUGUACGAAAUGAUCACCGGCCCCGUCAGGGAGGGACUUUUCUUCAAAGGACAGAAACUGUCUUUCCGCGUUGUGACUGACAGUCGCAUGUUGACCCCGCUCGAGUUUUAUAAAUCACUGAUGAACUUGUUUCGUUACACUGUCGCUGGUGAUGGAACACAAACCAUCUUCAUCACCAACAUUUCAUGCAGUGAGGCCCUGAAGCUCAAAGAAUCUCUGAUAGAAAUCCAGCACGUCAAGAACUUCUUCCCCAUCCUCAACAAGGUGUUCGUGGACUUUGAGAGCUCUUGGCACGCUGAUCGGCUCGGAGUUUGGUACAGUCUCCUGAAGCGAGCCCCCAAUCACAAAAUCACCAGGCUCCUGGCGCCGGGCGUUCACAGCUACACCAAGAAACCCGCACCAAGAGAUCCCGAGAGCGCCCUGCCCCCCAGCGGGGAUGCUGUUACCGGGGCAACCGUCCCGCCAAUGGAGUUCGGCAUUCCGCAGGGCAACGUGGGACCGUUCUGGGUCACGCUGAGAUCGGAUCCCUUCCUGUUCCUCACCAAGUCUCCUUGGUUCAUCAUCCCCAAAUUCAAGACGGUCCAAACACUGAAUGAUAUUAAGAAGGCCGUGCGGGGCCCCAAGAUCCCGACCGUCAUGUUGACCGGGUUCCCGGAGGAAAACUACCGGCACGAGGACGUGGCCCAGCUGGUGCGCCGCUAUUUCCCCGGAUGGAACCUGUACUCGGUGUUCUACGACGUGGUGGUCUUACCCCUGCAGAGGAGGGCCUUCGUGUUCUUCGCCGACUGGGCCUCGUGCUGCGGGUUCCUCCGAGAUCACGUCAGGAACCCGGUGGCCGUGAGGCUCUGCUCGCUCACGGCUCACUUUGCCCUGGAGGACAUCAGUCCCUUCUCCACGGAGGAGGCGAUGUACUCGACUCUGAUGAAGUGGAGCAACGCCGGAGUUCCGGAGCCCGAGGGCCUGGAGGAGCGGCUGCUGUGCGUGGAGACCUCCGAGACGUCUCCGCACACCACCCGGGCCGUGAUGGGCGCCGUGGCGUCGCUCGCGCCCUUCCUCGGCUUCCUGCCGCUCGCCAACAGGAUAUGCAUCGAGAUGGCUGACUCCAGCGCUGUAGCCAAGGUGGUGACGGAAUUAAACAAUGACUUAAAGGAGUCCUCGGAGAAACCUGAAGCUUUGAGGAAGGUUCAGCAUGUGGAGACUUUGAAGAGCCUGAAACAACGUCUUCAAAGUUCUAGUGAGAAACCAAACGUCCUUGACAGCCCCGUCAAGGUCCAAACCGAGAGAGAGACCAGUGGCUCAGGUGGAUCCACCGUUUCUGAGCCCGUCCCAGCAGGACCAGGUGCCGGUGCUGCCAGCGACGCCUCCCUGCAAAAGGACCAUGAGAAACUAGGAACCUCCUCAAACUCCACCGUUGGUCCUGGAGACGGAGAGAAAGCAGAAGAAAGGGAGGAAGAGGAGUCACUCUCGACCUCAGAGGUCACUGCUGAUGUGACCUCAGAGGUCACUGCUGAUGUGACCUCUGACCCCCGUCCUCCCCCCUCAGCCACAGCGCUCGAACUUCCUCAGAUCAACGCCCACCUUUUCCAGGCCAUCGCGGCGGCAGUCCGCAACCACCGGCUGACCCGAGAGAGCCGCUCCAAGUGCGAGGAGAAGGAGAGGACCAGCCAAAGCAACACAAGCCCCAGAAGUUCAGCUGCUGAAGACGCACCACAAACGAAGAGUCGAGAUGAUUCUACAGAUGACGUGGCCUCGCCCGAUGCCUGUCGUUUCGAUGAGCUUCAUUUCAACAUGGAUGACUUUGUCACUGUGGACGAGGUUGGUGAUGACGUGGGCGACAGAAGCCCCGAGCCUCAUAGCUCCUCUUCAUCCGAGCAGUCCUCCGGACCAGGGAGGGGGGGGCAAAGCUUCAGAGGGUCUGCUGGCCAACGGACCUCAGCGAGCUCCUGGAACGAGUCUAAAAGGGCAGCAUCUGCCUCACCUUCCUCGUCCAAGUCCACUGAAGCCUUGAGCUCUUCGGUGUGUGGCUCACCAAAAGAGGCCAAGUCCUCCUCUGAGCCCACCACCAAGUCCUCCUCUGGGCCCACCACCAAGUCCUCCUCUGAGCCCACCACCAAGUCCUCCUCUGGGCCCACCACCAAGUCCUCCUCUGAGCCCACCACCAAGUCCUCCUCUGAGUCCACCACCAAGUCCUCCUCUGAGCCCACCACCAAGUCCUCCUCUGAGCCCACCCCCAAGUCCUCCUCUGAGCCCACCACCAAGUCCUCCUCUGAGCCCACCACCAAGUCCUCCUCUGAGCCCACCACCAAGUCCUCCUCUGAGCCCACCACCAAGUCCUCCUCUGAGCCCACCCCCAAGUCCUCCUCUGAGCCCACCACCAAGUCCUCCUCUGAGCCCACCACCAGGUCCUCCUCUGAGCCCACCACCAAGUCCUCCUCUGAGCCCACCACCAAGUCCUCCUCUGAGCCCACCACCAAGUCCUCCUCUGAGCCCACCACCAAGUCCUCCUCUGAGCCCACCAUCAGGUCCUCCUCUGAGCCCACCACCAAGUCCUCCUCUGAGCCCACCACCAGGUCCUCCUCUGAUCCCACCACCAGGUCCUCCAUCAAAGCCUCUCCCAGGGCCAGAAAGGCCGCCCCCUCUUCCCCACGGCGUAAAACCCCGUCUGCUCAUUCUGCCAAAGCCUCCGACGCUGCGUCCUCUGCUCUACGUACUCGCGCCUCCUCGGCACGUGAAGCCAAGCGCAUCGCCUCAGCAGGAAGUGGCUCCGAGCCGCUUUCAGAAGAACGAGACGCAGAGCGCACGGCGGCUGAGUCCAACCACGAGACGAAAGAGACAAACGUAGAACCGUCAUCAGAGACGCAUCCGCCUCAACAGGAGAUCGAUAUUAACGUCAACACACAACAGCAGAAGCAGAGCGAAGAAGAACAGGAAGAAGAUGACCUUGAGGGACGUACGGAGGUGAAAGAGGACGAAAGCUCCCGAAGCGUUGAUUCGUUUGGGGAUCGAACCGAUGACCCGAUGGAUGACGGGGAGCAAACACGCAGCUCUGGAGAGCAGAGAAGUGCACCUGCAGGAGGCCAGACUUUGCGUGACGAAAGCCUUCAGGUGUCGGACGGCGUCGGCGAUGAGGUCAUGACCUGCCCGCCCACGUUUGAAGAGACGGAGACUGACGCUGUUUCCCGGGUGAUUGACAGCGUCACCGAAGGCGAAGCCGCUAAAGGUCAAGAGGACGGUCCGCUGCUUCAAGACGACGGCUCCACAGGAAGGUCUUUGGACCACGAGGCGAGUCAUGCAGAUACUUCACAGGUGUUGGAUACGGCUAGUGAACACACGCCAGAGGACACGGGGGACGAGAAGACGAGAGGAGAGGACGCAGACAACGAUGUGGAGACUGGUGAUGGACCAGUUCCUCUUCCUGGGAACAAGGAAAACUCACAGGACCCAGAAAGAGACGCAACGGGACAAGAAGCCUCUGAGGUGUUGGAUUCAGUCGCCGAUCUCACUUCAGCAGAAGAUCACAGCCAGAACCAGGAAAUGAAGAGUGGCCAAAUGUCCCAAGAAGACCUUCUGGCCACGGAGGAAGAGGAAGACGCAUAUCGGGUCAUUGAUUCUGUGGAAGUUCAGCCAAUGACUUCGGACUCUGAGACCGGCAUCAAAGGAAGAAGAAGCACGAGAGGAAAGGCGACUGCUGCAAAAGACAAUAAAGCGUCAAAGAGACGUGAACCCACAACCACGGCGUCCAAAAGGGCCGAGAAGGAGCCGUCCCCGAAGAAACAAGACCGAGCGAGUAAAAGAUAUGAGACCCGGACAAUGUCGGACCUCACUGCCGAGGUUUCUGAAAAGGACAAAGAGGUCCCUGAAGACGCUGAGUUUAAGAUCGUAGAUUCUGUUGAAGAAGAAGCGGUUCGAGUCGCUGCCGCCCCGGAGAUGUCUGUUAGAAGAAGUAAGAGAGGGAAGAAAGAGGACAAAACCACGUUGGAUCUCACAGACGCGUCGGAAAAAGCAGAGGAGGCCACUUACAAGAUUUUAGACUCUGUGGACGAUGACGAAGCAACAGCGAGACCCACCAGAGGAAGAAGAGGAAGGACCACGAAGAAAGAGGCUUCGAAUGAGAAGCCUGAGGACACCCCGACGGGGCGGAAGCAGACUCCUGCCAGAGAGGAACCAGCCGGGACAGAAGAGGGAGCCCCGUCCCGGAGGAGCGGUGGUGUGGUGAGUGAGUUCAGUCAGGAGGAGCGACCCGCUACCAGAAGCAAAGGGAUGAGGGGAAGACCAAAGAAAGGAGUCCAAACCACCAGAACCAAACGCAGCUUCACCUCUAAAGAUGCGCCUGACGAGGAGGAGCCCACGUAUCAGGUCCUGGACUCCGUGGGGGGCGAGGCGCUGGACGAAGGCACGGGGCGCUCCAGAGACAACGUUCUGAAGAACAUGGACCAGCAGAGGAAGAGCAGUGAAGCGCCCAGAGAUGAAGAGGAGGAGGAGGAGGAGCCGGUGUAUCACGUCAUCGAUUCCCUGGAUGACGAUCCAGGUCAAGAGCAGCUAUCGACCAGAGGGGACGAGACACCAGAUGAAACCCCUUUGAAAGGAGGGUCAUCGGCUGAAGAAGAGGAGGAGGAGGAAGAGGAGGCGCUGUAUCGGGUCCUCGAUGAUUUGGACGAGUCGUCCGCUGCAGAAGGGUCGGCCCCAGCAAACGUGGAAGGUGACCUUCAGGAGGAACCUCAGAGGGUUCCUGCAGUGGACAGCGAGGAAGACGACACGACGCGCAGUCUGGUGAACCUGGACCAGGUGAGCGAGGAGGAGGAGGAGUACCCCGACGACGCGGCCGAGGAGGAGGAGCUGAGGAGGCGACAGGCCGCCGCAAAGGAGAAGCAGAUGGCCGAGGAGCGAGCAGCGAGGAGGAGCAGGGAGAGGGAGCGGAGGAGCCGCAGCGGCAGCAGAGGAGGAACGAGGAGGGGGAGGGAGGAGGAGGAGGAGGAGGCGGUGGACCCCAAGGAGCUGGUGACUCUGGAUGAGGUGGGAGCAGAUGACGCCGGAGAGGAGAGCAAGGAGUGGGACGGGGAGAUCACGGAGGCGGAGCUGCAGGCGCUCGUCACUCUGGAUGAGUUCAUAGAAGGAGAAGAGGAGGACGGGAAGAAGCCCCGCCCACCCAGUCAGGAGGAGGAGGAGGAGUCUGUGGACCUCCUGAACCCACAGGCUUUGGGGACUUUGGAUGAAGCUGAUGACGAGGAGAAGCCCGACGAAGAGCAAGCUGAGAGAAGAUCUGGCAAACGCAGAAGCAACGACGACGCAGCUUUAGAAGACGGCGUCAACUAUGUGACGGUGGACGAGGUGGGAGAGGAAGAGGAGGAGGAAGAGGAAGCGGUGCAAACCAGGAAAAGAGGACGACCCAAGAAGAGAAGCAGACAGACCCCAGUGAGGAAGUCGACCAGAGGGCAGAAGGUCACCACCAAAGACCAGAGAGAAGAAGAAAGGGAGCCAGCCGCCUCCCAUCCGCUGCCUCCAUCUGCACCCGCCGCCCCGCCGGCGCCGGACAGAGGUCCUUCUGCGGAGACCCGGGGGACGGAGGAUGAUGCCGCCGGGCCGGCGCCGGAGGCGGAGCUUCCCGGGAACCAGGAGCCACGUGGGGAGGAAGGAGAGAAGAAGAAGGGGGACAUUAAAGCUGCCAGGAAGCGGACGAAGGAGCUUCUGGGACCCGAAGCCAAGCGAUCUCGCUCCGAGUCUCCGUGCGUCGCCGCCAUCGAGCUGCCGGCGUUCAAACCCAACAACCCGCUGGGUCAGGAGUUCGUGGUCCCCAAGUCGGGUUAUUUCUGCAACCUGUGCUCUGAUUUCUACCUGACGGAGAGCGCCGCCAAGGACCUGCACUGCAGCAGCCAGAGACACUACGACAACCUGCAGAAACAUUUCCAGAAGAGGAGUUCCACACAAAGUUCUCAAGGCUCCGUUUCCGACUGAUCUCCACGUUUAGUUUCUCUUUUCUUUUCAAACAUGUGAAACGGGGUGACGACAGACAGCUUUACUGCAGAGUGAAUGAUGUCAUAACUAAUGGCUGACUUUAUAGUAGCCUCUUUUAUGUAUAAAUGUGUAAAUAUCACAUGUAACAUAUAAAUACUCAAGCACGUAUUGUCUGGACUCAAACCUCCUCCAACUUUAAGUUACAUUUCAUGAGUCCAGUUACAUAUUUGAAUGUUUUGAACUACAGUAUUAGUUUCUUUUAUCUGGUUGUUUUCUGUAAAUUAGUUUAAAAGUGACUCGGCUGUUGGUUUUUCAGUCGAUGGCAGUUUGAGAAAAUGUCCCCCUUUUUUUUUCAGUAGUGAAAUAAAUCUGUCUUGUUGAAGUAAUAAAAGGAAUAAUCCUCAUAAAUGAAGCUUUGUUGGCCCUC